AUGGACCGCCACGGCGACUUCCCGGUUUCCUCGCAACAAUCGGCCAUCGACGAGCUGUUAUCUGCAAUGCUGGUGCCGUAUAAUGGACAGCUGAUUCCAGCGUCUUCGGUGCCUUCACGAGACGGGAGUGAAGAUGCCCACAGCACAAGCAUCGGCGCUGGUGCCACAGCUGCAUCGGAUCAAAGCCGCCAUGCAGGAGGACCUCAUGUGUCGAUCCGCGCAUACGCUCCACGUGUGAAGGACACAGGCACUUCUUCGCGGACUGGUGAAUACGGUAAACUGCCAACAGACUUAAAGAACGGAGCAGGAGGUGUCGAAUUCUGCAAGACAACAACUUCGUCGCCCCCUGGCUCCGCCGAGGCCGCCUUGCAGUCCAAGCUCAGCAGCAGUCAACGGCUAGUAGCAGAGAUGCAGCUUAAAGCUUCUUGGCAUUGCAGCCGCACUUCAUCUCGUUCAUCUCACCUCACCUCCAUGUCAUUGCUUCGACUACUCCAUAAUAGAUAA